UUAUUUAUAUAUAAACUCCACACCUCCAUAUCCAAAACCUUGCUCUCUCCACCACAAAGGAAGUUCGGAAAACAAAUUAUUUGUAAGGGAGAAAAGGAGAUUAAGAAAGAUGGGGAAUUGUUUGCGGCAUCAAGAGUCUUCUAUGCAAUGGGGCGGUGAGGACUGGGGAUCGCCGGCAAAGGAUCAAGGGCUUUGUGCUAGAAAUAAGUGCGGCGACAAAAUGGGCGGCAAGGCCAUGGAGAUGAAAGAGGAGGGACUUCUCGGACAUGGCAGAGUCUUCACUUCUUCUUCGUCUGCGACAACAGCAGCAAGCACUACUCCUACUACCGAGGUGAAGAUCAAGAUCACAAGGAAGCAGCUGGAGGAGUUGCUGGGUAGAGUGGACGUAAAAGAAUUGUCGGUGCAUCAGGUUUUGGCGCAGCUGAUGAACGUUAGCGAUCGAUAUGAGACGCAUCAGCGGUCGUGGAGGCCUGCCCUGCAGAGUAUUCCUGAAGUUAACUGA